AUGACCGGCUCGAGCUGCUUAUGGCUGAAUAGGGGCCGGAAGUGCCUCGUGUUCCAUAGGGCCAGCUUCCUGAUGCUGGAUGGUAUCGCGGUUCGCUUGUCGUCCAUUGCAGCUGCUGCUGCUUCUCAGGAUGACCUUGAUCUUGAUCUUGCUCUUGUUCUUGUUAUUGAUCUUGAUCUUGCUCUAGCUCUGGAGAAGGGGAAAAAAGAGAAACCCAGAGCAUCUUAUAAUCUCUCUAUGUUGAGGAUUGCAACCGUGGAGUGUGCUAAAACCAUGGCGUUCGAGGCAGCAUGGAGCGGGGAGUGCGGAUCGACCAGAAGAGUAAAUCUUUUGGUACCUAAAGGGACGUACUUGCUCGGCCCCGUAAGGUUCGCAGGUCCUUGUACCAAUGUGUCCUCGCUAAUGGUCACCGUGAAGAACAUAAAAUUCAUCUCCAUGAAGAAGCCCAGCGUGCACCGCGUAACGUCUGUAAACAGCAAGUCCUUUCACAUUGCUUUGGUGGAGUGCGAGGGCUUCAGAGGCAGCGGGAUCAAUAUUUCCACGCUAAUAGAUAGCCCGAUCACGGAUGGCAUCCAUAUUGAGCGAAGCUCAGGGGUCUAUAUCUCGAAGUCUCGCAUUAGAACCGGCGCCGACUGCAUUUCUAUUGGACAAGGCAAUUCUCUGAUGUGGCUAACUUACCUUUCUUUUCCCCGUUUUCCCGUGGGAAGUCUGGGAAGAUAUCAGCAUGAAGGAAACGUGAGCGGAGUCGUGGUGCAAGACUGCAACAUGACUGGGAUGGCUAAUGGCAUUCGGAUCAAGACGUGGCCCGACUCCCCCGACAGCAGCAUUGUGACUAACAUGACCUUUGAGAACAUAAGGAUGAACAACGUGACUAACCUGAUAAUCAUUGACUAG